AUGUCUGCUGAGUUUUAUUCCGAAGAGAUUAAAGGAAUCAUUAGAGAAGUCACGAAUGAUGCACAUAAAAUGGAUAGCGGUGAGCUUCAAUGGACAGAACCAGUUAUAGAAGACAUGUUAAACAAAAUUAGUGGUGCAAAAGAUGCACUUACCGAAUUAGAAAACGAAAUCAUUCUUGUUACAACAAAUGAAAAGUAUGAAUAUCAGAAACUUGUCCAAAAUUAUAAAACCGAAAUUUCAAAUCUCGAAGAUAAGUUGAAAACUACACAAAAAAGAGUCGCUUUACUCGCUAAUGCCAAAGUUACAGACAGAGAACGCCAAGCAGCCGUAUCUCUAAAUGAAACACAGGCUGUUAUGUCGCAAACAGUUGAUAUUGGCAAUGGAAUCCUAACAUCACUCAGAGAUCAACGAACAAAAUUACUCAACACACAUCAGCACGUCCAUGAAAUCGAUGCAACAGUUGAUGAUACUGGAAAUAUAGUUUCAAGAAUGUUUAAGAGACAAAAUAAGAACAAACUCAUAACAUACGGAGUUGUUGGCCUUUUAAUACUAGGAAUUUUAUUAAUUCUCUAUCUUAAGUUCUUCUAA